GUCACAGUGGCUCUGGGACCCAGGCAAGAGGAAAACUGAGACCAGCUACAUGAUGGCUGUGUCUCGGCUGCUUGUUGGGGCUCAAAUCUCAGGUCUGGGAGCAGUGCUGGGUUUCCUUUGCUUCUCAACCAUGCUGAAUGCAGCCCCAGAGUUUUCGGGUUACCUUCGAAAGGUGCUGAAGAACCACACAACCCAUGCCUGUGAUGGGGAGCAACUGGUUAUCAUCUGUCCCCACAAGACCUCCAUUAGCAUCCUGUCUGCAUUUUAUGGUCGCCGAGUCCCCAGCCAGAACCUCUGCCCAGGCACCAGCAAUAUCUCUGUUGAGAGCAGAGACUGUAUGUCUCCUACAGCCCGACAGAAAUUGUUGGACGAAUGCCAGGACCAGAGGUGGUGCCAGUUCUCUGUGCACAGCCAAGUAUUUGGGCAAGACCCAUGUCCUGGGACACACAAGUACCUGAUAGCUUCAUACAAGUGUAGACCAGCUAACCACCGCAUUAAGACAGUGUGUGAGAAUGACAAGCUGAAGUUGCAGUGUAGGACUAAGUCCGUCCUAACAAUUUACUCUGCAAGUUAUGGGCGAUUACUGCGGGGGAAGCCGGAGUGCGAUGGUGUGAGCAGGACUGGCCCCCACAUAGAGUGUUUAGCUCCUGAUGCCCUGAGGAGAGUCUCCAGGAAGUGUCAUAAGAAGGAGAACUGCACAGUCUUAGCUGACACGGCCACCUUUGGGGAUCCCUGCUUCCCUGGCAUGAAGAAACAGCUGCGGGUCUCCUACACUUGUGUGCCAAAGCAGCUGAUGGAGGAGGUGGGCCAUGACACCUCAGACCCCUUCUUGCUUUCAGACUACACACACGGUGGCUGGUACAAAGGGCCGCGGCUGUCCAGGCUCCGUGAAGAUCUGAUGAUUUUUACUAGCUCACUGGCAACUUUUGCUCACCUCUGGGGUGUCCCUGAGAAGGUGGGGCUCUAUUUUCUUUGUGGAGUCUCUGGAGGCUUGGUGAUCCUGCUUUGCAUCUUCAGUCCUAAAAUGGCCUUCAUACAGGACAUGAAGGAGCUCUUCAAAGAUUCAGAGAUGGGAAGUAGCUCUGAGCUGACCAGGACCAAGUUACGGGAUAACCAAGAUGAGGACAACCACAAUGAUGACAGCUCCUCAGACUCUUCCUUCCGCCGCCUAACCCGCAACUACCGAGCCUCAGAGAACAUCUUCAGCCCAGAGCUGACUGCAGCCUUGGAGGAUGCAGCUGAGCUCAGGGGCCAUGAGGGCGAGGAGAUCUGGAUGCCCAAAGAAUCUAGCCCCUACGCUAUUCACAAAAUCAAAUCUGCCACCAAAUGAAAGCAAGGAGCAGCACCAUGACUGUGAACACCAUGUCAUAAUCAGCAAACAGCUUGUCCUCUCUGCAGUAACAAAUAAUGGGUGAGAGUGGGAGGGCAAAUAGCCUUGUUUGAUGCCUAGGCAUCUCAUCUGUGGACACCCAGUCUCAUUGCAGGUUUAGGUCAUAUGUGCAAUAUAUUUGUUGCUUUCAAUCUAGUCUCUGAUAAAGUUUUAUUAUGAUCCAAACACACACUAGAACAGGUCAAAUCUAGCAGAAACAGCUAUCCAGGAACCAUUUCCCAGGAAAGAGAAUUCUGGAAAUCUCAUUAAUAAGAGACAGAGGAUUCUUAACCAUGCCUGAUGGAGUCACCUAGCCCACCAGCUCCACAGAUACUAAGGUUCUGUAGCUUCUGUUACAUACAGUAUCUGUGAAAAUCAUGAAAUUGGAUUGAUUUGGUAAAAGUUUCAUUUUAGAAGAAAACUUGAAGGGGGAAGAGUUUCAGAAUGUUUGAAAUCAUGUUUUGAAACAAUUUUCCUUUUAAUUUUUUUUUAAAUGUUCUGCUCUCUAUUACAAAAAUCAACAGUAAACAAAACAACCAGAAAAGAAAUGUAGUUUUAAGCUUUUUCAGGUUUUGGCUCAGUUCAAAUGAAAAAGGAUUUCAAAAUCAUGAAAUCUUAGAGGACAUGGAAGUUCUUUCAUCUUUGCAGCUGUGUUCGAGAUCCUUUCCAAAGCACCAGGGGGCACUGCAGGCCAGGAUUUAUCUGGAGAGUCUAAUUUUAAUCCUAAUUCUGUUAGGAGAUAAUCUGUUUGCCAAACAAAUGCAGAAGCGGAAAUCUUCCAUUGUUCUAACUGGGCUUUAUAUAUGAUGUGGUGGUGUAAUAUUUGUCAACUGACCAAUCUUGAGAGGAUAUAACAACAAUACCAAUCAAGGGAGUAAAACCGGUGCAUUACAUGGCAUUUUGUCUACUUUCCUGGAAAUAUCUGUCUGCUUUUACCGAAUUAACCUUGCAGUUCAUGCUGAAUUCUCUGCUUAUUCAUGGUGGAAUUUCUAUCAGCUGCUAACCCCUCAAAUACUGCUAAAUAGGCCUAUUUUGGUCUCAUGUGAUUAGGUAGAGCUGUGGGGGACCCAGGACUGUGAUGCACUGGAAGCAACUGAUGUGCAAAGUUUACCUUGUUCUGAUGGCAGGUCUUGUUCUCUGUACCUUGUUUUCAGAAAGGCCAAGUAUCACUUUAGAAGAGAAACCAAAAAAGCACCAGUCCUGUGCUCUGUAUUUGUACAUUACCUUAUCAAACAACAGUGUUGAACGAUAUUAGGUUGAAGUCAAGCAGAAGGUAGGACAGUGUGGCAUCUUAGAAACUAACAGGUUCAGAGAGGUGCCUUUCAUAGGCACCUUCCUACUUUGUCAGAUGGUAAGUUGUUGCCUAUGAAAGCUCAUGUCUCUCUGAACCUGUUAGUCUCUAAGGUGCCAAUUCUGCCUUAUUGAACAGGUUGACUUUCCACAGCUGGAGUUAUGUAGACAAAUGAUGGCUUCUGCUUACAGUCAGGAUUUCUUUGCCUUUCAGUGGGUGAUGCUACACAAGAUGCUUUACUCAAGAUUAGAGUACUCAAGAUUACUGUGCAGUAAGCAUCAUCUUCUACACAAGAUACUGCACAGUAAUUUGCUGCAGUCGUGAAUAAAUUUGCUACCUGUAAAUACAAGUAAAAAUUUACUUUCAGUUACGUACUGCACAGUGCGGCACAUGUAGAUGGCCAACUGGGAACAAAUGUGCUCCUGGUCAGCUGGGCAGCAGCGGACAGGAGAUUGCUCCCUGCCUCCAGGAACUGCCUGCUGCCAGGAAGAACUCUGACACCAGAGCCCGGGUGUCUCCCUGCCCUGGCAGCAAAGAGCUCCCAGCCCCUGCUUCCCAACUGUGAUUGGGGAGCAGAGGCUGGGAUAUUCUUAUCUCCUAACCUGAGCUCUGUGGAGAUAAGAAUCUCCCAGCCCAGGGCCCCAUGACCACAGAGCUCAGGCUGGGAGAUUGUCCCCACCUAGGCCCUAGUGGUGGAGCCCACCUCAUCAGCAAGCAGCUCCUGGGGGCAGGGAGCAAUGUCCCAGCUGUCUCCUGGCCUCAUGCUCCCUGCCAACUCCUGUGCUAGCACCCAGGGGGAGCCUAGAGCUCCACCUGACAGGCUGCUGCAGGGGCCCAGUGCAGGGCCAUAGGGAGCAGGAACAGUCUGCUGCUAGGAGCAGUAAAUCUGCUCCUGCAUGUGUAGAUGCAUGCCUGGGACAGUUUAGAGUACUUUAGAGCAGUGGUUCUCAAACUGUUUUUUUUUGUGGACCACUUGAAAAUUGUUGAGGGUCUCAGUGGACUACUUUUUGUUCUACAAAUCAAAGCACACAACUCAUAUUUUAAUAUCAGUAGUCUUACCUAACAAGUACAGAUUCUCAUUUGUUCUGCAACCUUUCUGUGGAUCACCUGAAUGGAGCUUGCAGACUACAGUUUGAGAACCUCUGCUCUAGAGUAAACUGAUCCCACAUUAUUUGCAUGCGUAGAUGUACCCAGUGAAAGCUUUUUGAGAAUCCUUCACCACUUUUCAGCUUUAACUGCUCUGCAGGUCUUUUAUCAUUUCUUUAUUGCUUUUCUUCUUUCUUUGCAAGAGGGACUUGGUUACUAGGUAACAGGCUAAAUUGCCACGGUCAUUUCAGAAAACAAAAACAUGAAUCAUGGAAAAAUAUGGCAUUACACUAGGCAGCUGUCAAUCACACAGGUAGGUAUGUAGACAUGAGAUGCUGAUGUUCCUGUUAAGGAAUACACAAAUGUGUCAAAUGAUAACACUUGCUUUCAACAGCAACUUUCUGUAGCAGUAUGACCUGGGAGAGCAGCCCUCAUGCCUUUUACCAUGUAGAGAGCUGGGAGUGCCAAUAUGUUAAGUGUCUUUUUCAUGUGAAGCAGCCCUUGUUUCUAGAGAAUCUUCUGUAUCUAAAUAAAAAUAUCUGACACUGA